GGAGGAGGAGGUCAUUCUUUGCAUUCCGUGCAGCUUCUGAGCUUUCUUUUACUUUUGUUCUUCUUCUGCGUCCACAGUAACGGAUCCAGUAAUGGCGAGCAAAAUAGAGUUCCAAGCUCAGGCGGAUCAAGUUGAUAUCGAAGUUCUAUGGAAGGCAUUGACCAAAGACAAAUUUGAAGUGGCCAGAAAAGCUGCUCCUGAUCUAUUUGCAGAAUGGCAGGUACUUGAAAGUGAGGGCAAUGGUGGCAAUAUUGGCCUUGGCUCACUCCUGUAUUUUAGGUUUGGCCCUGUUGCACCUAACGUUGAACCCUUCAAGGAGAGGAUAGUAGAACUUGAUGAAGGCAAUCACCUCGUGAAGUUCCAGGGGUUAGAAGGAGGCUUUAUGAAGCUAGGGUUUACUUACUAUGUCCUGUCCUUGAAGCUUGAUCGUAUAGGAGAAGGCAAUACCAAGAUCAAUGCCACUUUCACUUACGAUUUGGAAAAGGACUUCGAUGGAACUCAAAUUUUGGAAGAAUUUACAAAAAUAGUAAAAGAUUAUCUAAACAGUGCUGUGAGUUUUCUGCAGCAGAAAAAUAAUGUCUGAUCGAAAAUAUCAGUAUUAUUUGGCAUGUACUAUGAAUGUUUAUUGAUUGUACUGUGUGGUCUAAGAAUAUCUAAAGAUGUUAAGAGCUUCGAUUUGAUUAUGUUCUCUUUGUAAGUUUCUGUUUUAAUGAUGAAUGUUUGCUAA